GCUCUGCCUUGUGAGUGAGUCACAAAGGGUGAAGUUUCAAAGUUUCCUCUCAUACUGUAACCGAGUCGGAUCCAACAGGCAGCUGGUUCCCUACCUGCCCACAUACCCUCUGUUACCCAGGAGAUCACUUGCCCAGGAAGAGAAGCAAGAUGGCUAUCAAAGGUUGCCUGAGCGUUACCAAAUAUUUCCUGUUUGUCUUCAACCUGUUCUUCUUUAUCCUAGGAGGUGUGUUGCUCUGUUUUGGGCUAUGGAUUCUAUUUGACAGAGGCAGUUUUGCAACUAUGAUAGGCUCCUCGGUGCCCACCUUGAAGGUCUGGUCGUAUGUAUUCUCGGGCGUGGGAAUCCUCACCAUGCUGCUGGGUUUCCUAGGCUGCCUCGGGUCACUCAAGGAAAUCAAAUGCCUGCUGGGAUUUUAUUUUGCAUUCCUUCUCCUGCUGUUUUCUGCACAGAUCACCAUUGGAGUGCUGGUGUACACACAGAGAAAUAGUCUGAGUACAAGACUCGGCACAAUUGUUGAAUCUGUUAUAAAAGACUAUGGCUUGUAUGGAAACCAGACAGAUUUGGAGGAAGGCUGGGACUUUGCUCAAGAAAAGAUGCAAUGCUGUGGCUGGUAUGCACCAGAAGACUGGCAGAAAAAUCCGAAGAUCCAGAACACAUCAGCCAACCUGUAUCCUUGUUCCUGCCAGAAUGUUUCUGCUUUCCAUACAAAUAGCAGUACUAACUCAUCCACGGAAUAUCCUGAGGCCGGAUUCUGCACCACUGGUGCCACAAAGAAGUGGCCGGUAUAUCAAACAGGUUGCAUGAACACACUGCAGGCAUUCCUCCUAAAUAACAGCAUCACCAUUGUCGGCGUGUGUAUAGGUAUCGCUCUGCUGGAGCUCUUUGUCAUGACGUUGUCGAUGUGUCUGUGUAGAAACCUGGACCAAAACUACAACAAGCUGGCACGCUACUCUUAGAUGAGAUGUCUUCUUCUCCUGCGCAGUUUGUUGAGGACAGAAGACUGGACAUCAAAUUACAGCCAAGCACUUGCUUAUGGAUUUUCUGCUUUCUGUUCAUGCACAAGCAUCUCAAAAACUGUGUUUCGCCGUAGCAGGUUCUUUCUAGCACAGAUUGUUCAUCUAUUUAAGGCUGGAAACAGUCCGCUAUUACCUAAGUAUAUCUCCAGAGCCAAAAUCCUGAGCUGCAGACCACUAGGCCAGAGAUGUCCUGAACUAACGCAAUUACUCUCGAUGGACUUUGUCUUCUUCUUAACUUAAGCAACUACAUUACAGACAUUUCCUCAGAAGGACUGGGUCUUUUUUUUUGUGUAAUGAAACAAAUAGUAGGGGGCGAUUUAACAAAGGGCUGCCAUUUUCAGUAUUUCAAAGCAACAUCUUUUAGCAUAUAUUUCAAACCUGAUGGUUUGCAAUUUCCACGGAUCAGUGGUGACACCUAGAGUUCAUUUUGUGUCUUUCCAGACUUUUUUAAAAUUAUUAUUAGACUUAGAAUAUACAGCCUUAGAGGUACCUAGUAUAAAUGGAUUUGCAGGUUAUUUUUGGAACUGUAAUUUAGGUCAAAGUCAGUUGCAGGGGUUCAGGGUCUUGUGUUUGUUCAAUUCCAACAAGAAUAACAAUUGCAAUGAACUGGCCAUUCCUGCGGGGGUGCUCCUGGCAGUUACUGGGUCCCAGAGUUUCCAUUCAUGCGUUCAGCAUCUCUCAUGCAUGUAUUCAGCCUUUAAAGAGGGUGUUCACCUUUAAAUUAACUUUAAGGGGCCGAUUCACUAACUUCGAGUGAAGGAUUCAAAGGUAAAAAACGUCGAAUUUCUAAGGUUUUUUUGGGCUACUUUGACCAUCGAAUGGGCUGCUUCGACCUUCGACUACAACUACGACUUUGAAUCAAACUAUUCGAAGUAAAAAUCAUUAGACUAUUUGACCAUUCGAUAGUAGAAGUACUGUCUCUUUAAAAAAAAACUUCGACCCCCUAGUUCGCCAUCUAAAAGCUACCGAAGUCAAUGUUAGCUUAUGGGGAAGGUCCCCAUAGGCUUGGCUAACUUUUUUUGAUCGAAGGAUAUUCCUUCGAUCGUUGGAUUAAAAUCCUUCGAAUCGUUCAAGUCGAAGGAUUUUAUCGUUCGAUCGAAGGAAUUAUCCUUCGAUCGAACUAUCUGCGCUAAAUCCUUCGACUUCGAUAUUCAAAUUUUAUGGAUUUUAAUUCCUAGUCGAAUAUCGUGGGUUAAUUAACCCUCGAUAUUCGACCCAUAGUGAAUCGGCCCCCUAGUGUGAUGUAGAGAGUGAUAUUCUAAGAUAAAAUGCAACUGAAUUAUUUUUUUUUAUUAUUUGAGGUUUGUAAUUUAUUUCGAUUUCUAUUCAGUAGCUCAGCGCAGUUUGCAAUUUUAGCUUUAUGGUUGCUAGGGUCUGAAUUACCAUAAUGAACUGAAUAAGAGCCUGGAAUAUGAAGACAAGGCCUUAAUAGAAAGAUGAGUAAUACAAAGUAGCAACACUAAUAAAUGUGCAGCCUUACAAAGAAUUUGUUUGUAGAUGGGGCCAGCGACCCCCAUUUGAAAGCUGGGAAGAGACAGAAGAAGAAAAAGGCAAACAAUUAAAAAACCAUAAAAAAGAAAAAAUGAAGACCAAUUGAAAAGUUGCUUAAAAUUAGCCACUGUAUAACAUACUAAAGGUUAACUUAAAGGUGAACCACCCAUUUAAUAUUGUAUUUGAAAGACAUAAUUCACACCAAAGUUAAGGCUUCUCGUAAAUAAACCUUCCUGUAAAGAUGAAUGUAUAGUGUAUCUAAAUAUAUGUAACCCAGUUAUCUGUAGGCGUGCCAUUACAUAAUUACUACCAACAAUACAAGCUCAUUGCACAUGACUUAUGUUCCAUUACACCAAGGAAAAGAAGCCUGAGCUUUUUAUGCCCCCAUUGAGUAGUCUCAGCACUUUUUACAACUAUUUGCUUUGGCACAAUCACUAACACUGAAUAGAUUAUCCCUCCAGUAACCCAUUGCCAACCAGGCAUUUAUUUCAGUAUUCUACCUGCAGUAGACUAAAAAACACAUUCUGGAUUGGUUGCUAUGAGUUACUGCACUGAGGCCAAUUUACCCAGUGUUAGUAAAUGAACCUUUUUCUCUUUAUUUUUUAUUUUGAUUGCCCCUGAGGAAGACUAUUUUUGGUCGAAACGCGUUGAGCUAAUGAUAUUUGUUUCGGUCCUAUUUUUACAACUUUUUCUCUUUUUGAUGUAAAAGCUUGGGUGUGCAAUCCUUUGUUUGAUUUUUUUGUCCAUUACUAUCUUGGAGACUAGUUUGGGGAGCCUACUUUUGAUUGGCACCUCACAUUGUUUAUUGGGUGUGCGCCCAACAUGAAUGGAAACUGCCUGUUGCUGCUGAAAAUGCAUAUUUGUCUGUAUUCAGUCUGAAAAUAUCUAAGAAAUGUCAUUACCCUUUUUGCAUUGUAUAUGAGAACAGCUCAGGACAGCAGUAAAAGGGAAAGCAGAGAAGCUGAUUGGACAACAAGGAAUAAAGAGCAAGCGGGACUGCCACAGAUAAAGGGGAGGGUACACUUAAAAUACAAAUGUAAAAGCCAUACACAAUAACCCCCAAUAAAGAAAUAUCCUGCAAAUCUGCUUGAAAGGUAUAAUGUAAAAUAAAUAUAUUUUUGAGGGAUUUGUUCCUCUAUAAGACUAAUUCUACAUUUUCACGUGAUUCUUUAACAACAAAAUGCAGUUUACAAAAUGUACACUGUACUGAACCGUGUCAUCUGUAUUUCUGAGCUUUCAGUAUUGUUGAGUGGUUGUUUUGUUUGUUUUUAAUUUGUACACAGUUUUGUAUGUUUUUCAUUUACAGCAGUAUUUGCAUGGAAUUUAAUAAAUAACUUCAAAUUG